GAGCUCGUCCGCGGCCGCCGCCCGUCUUCUCGUCGCGCGUCCUUUCCGGCGGCCGGCCGCCGGUCCCCGUUUCCCCCUCGUACAAGAUCGUCCAGGAACGUCGUUUAGUUCUCCCGCCAGUCUUGUUGAUUGCUUCACAGGGAUGAAAUGGCGCCCCGUCUGAAGUUAUCUGGUAUCCAGAGGCAGGCCUUGGCAUUAUACAGAGGGUUCCUUCGGACAGCACGGCUCAAGUCUCCAGAGGAGCGCCAGAUGAUCGAAUCCGUAGUCUCAGCAGAGUUCCGUGAGAAUGCAAGAAGCGUCGAUCGCAGGAACUUUGUGUACAUUGAGUACUUGAUCAGGAGAGGGAAGCGGCAGCUUGAUCAGCUCAAGAAUCCUGAUAUUACCGGACUUUCUACCCUUCGAAUAAAUAAGGCUUCUUCUAUUCCAUAAGAUUGUGCAAAUCAUGCUUUUGGUCUUUCUCUGGGAGAUAAUGAAAAGUGAAGGACUUUCUUUUGACGGUGUGUGAUAUAAUGGCCACAUAUGAAAGCUCUCUACGCAGUAAACUUCUGGAGCUCCCUCAUCGGCUGUAGAAAUCUCUAGAUUAAUUUCCUAGUAUCUGCUUGCCUUCUGGAUAUCAGAAGUGUGGUUCAUGUAUAAAAUUGCUCUGUUAUCACCAACUGAUAUGGAACGGAGGGAGUACUUUUUCCAAAUGUAAUUGUGAACGAGCAUUUACAUUGAGUAUUUUUUGUGUUGUCUAAA